UCAUGUUUCUGAAUCUGACUAUUUGCCACUAACAACUAGUAGCAUGCUGGCCAAGAUUGUGAGAGAUGAAUCUCAAAAAGGAACUGCUACGUUCAGAGUGACGGUGCUGGAAGCCAUGUGUCUGAUGAUUUGGGGUCAGGUUGGAUGUAAGAUUCCCAAUUCUAAAUGCAGCAUCAGUGACCCUUUGCCUUUUCUUCACAAGGAAUACAAACCAGGAGACCUCAACAUUGUAGGCAUUCUGUCUAAGAUCUACAUAUUUUAUAACAUGGUGGAAUUCAAUGAACCACCCUCUAGUAAUCUUUUUGAUGAAAUUCUGGUCAUGACACCUCUCUUUCAGCAGUUCCUGGCUUUGCAAUUUGCAGUCAAGGAAAUCAAUGAAGAUCCUCAUAUAUUACCUAAUCAUACCCUGGGCUUCCAUAUCUACAAUAGUUAUUUUACCACAAUUUGGAUUUAUCGUGCCUCGUUAGAAGUAUUUUCUGCUCAGAACAGAUUUACUCCCAACUACAGCUGUGACCGGCAGAACAGACCGAUAGCUGUCAUUGGAGGACCGACACCUGCAGUUCAGGCCCAUAUGGCAACCAUCCUGUCUCUCUACAAAACACCACAGUUCAACUACUUUAUGAGAAGAAUCUCAUUCAACAAUAGCGCAGGAGAAAAAAUUUCUUUCAAUCAGUAUGGAGAGUUGGAAGUGGGGUUUGAUAUUAUAAAUUGGAUCACUUUUCCAAACCAGUCUUUCCAGAGAGUCAAAGUUGGAAGGAUAGACCUGAUGGAUUCCCAAGAAGAGAUGCUUACCAUUGAUAAGGCUAAUAUUGUAUGGCCACAGAGAUUUAACCAGGCUCAGCCACUUUCUCAGUGCAAUAACAAGUGCCCUUUAGGCUCCAGUAAGAAAAAGAUAGAAGGGAAGCCAUUUUGCUGCUAUGAUUGCCUUCGAUGUCCAGAUGGGAAAAUGGCUGACAAGGAAGAUAUGAAUGAAUGUGUUGAAUGUCCGGAAAAUCAGUACCCAAACAAGAAUCAGGAUUUGUGUAUCAAUAAAGUUAUAACCUUCUUGAUGUAUGAAGAAAUUGGAGGAAGUGUUUUGGCCAGUUUUGCUCUAUUCUGUUUUUUCAUCACAGGUGCAGUCCUGGGGAUCUUUAUUAAACACACGGAUACUCCACUAGUUAAAGCUAACAACCGGAAUCUUACCUAUAUUCUCCUUGUUGCUCUUAUGUUGUCUUUCCUAUCAACCUUGCUAUUUAUUGGCCAACCUUCCAAGGUGACAUGUGUUCUUCGUCAAAUGGCAUUUGGCAUCAUCUUCUCAGUAGCCAUCUCUUGCAUUCUGGCUAAGACCAUCAUUGUAGUUGUAGCUUUCAUGGCUACCAAGCCAGGCUCAAAGAUGACCAAAUGGGUGGGGAAAAGACUAGGCAUGUCCAUCGUAUUUUGUUGCUCUUUUAUUCAAGUCAUGAUUUGUAUUACAUGGUUGACAACCUCCUCCCCAUUCCCAGAUGAUGACAUGAAUUCAAUAACAGAAGAAAUCAUCUUGGAAUGUAAUGAAGGAUCAGUCUCCAUGUUCUACUGUGUCUUGAGCUUUAUGGGUUUCCUUGCCAUGGUCAGUUUCAUAGUGGCUUUCUUAGCAAGAAAAUUGCCUGACACUUUCAAUGAAGCCAAGUUUAUUACCUUCAGCAUGUUGGCCUUCUGCAGUGUGUGGCUGUCCUUCAUUCCCACGUACCUGAGCACAAAAGGGAAAUACUUGGUUGUUGUAGAGAUCUUCUCUAUUAUAACCUCCAGUGCUGGGUUACUAAGUUGCAUCUUUUUCCCCAAAUGCUACAUAAUUUUAUUGAGACCUAAUCUGAACAAAAAAGAGCAUCUAACACAGAAAAAGCAAUAA